CAUUUUUCGUAGCGAAUAUAACUGUGGUUGGUGGGACUGUCGCGACUUUUACGCAUCGCAGUUUUACUUUCCAACGGUCUCCCGUUCUGACGUGACGGUUUGACUUUUCGGUGCACGACACACGGAACACGGAAACCCUCAGCCACGGCACUGUUGCCCUGUUCGCGUUCGUCAGCUCGUAAACAAUCGAUAAUCGCAAGUUUGUCACCAUGUCCGCGGAGGAACUGAAGCUGAUCGACGAGAUGUUCGAUAAUUGCGAGUUCCAGGAGUCGCUGGACAUGAUCCAGAAGUUGUCGGACAAAGACAGCUGUGAAGUGAAGUGGCGUCUGGCAAGGAGUGUGUUUUUCCUUUCGAAACAAUCCACCGUCAGCGACGAGAAGGAGACACUUUGCCGCGAAGCGUUCGACCAUGUGUCUGCGGCCCUGGAAACGGAUGGGGAUAACUUCGGGGCCAACAAGUGGUACGGUGCCAUAUUGGCCGAGAAGGCAACCCUGGACGGUGUGACCGAGCGUAUCAAGCAGCUGGAAAACGUGCAGAAACAUUUCCAGCGUGCCGUCAGCUUGAAUGGGACGUCCGAUUCCGGCAUUUGGCAUAUGCUGGGACAGUUCAACUACAAACUAUCCGAGGUGAACUGGAUCACACGCAAGCUCAUCACGUCGAUCGCACCAAAUCCACCGACCGCUUCGUACGAGGAUGCACUGGAAUGUUUCACCAAGGCUGAAAACAUCAAGCCUAACUUUUACGCCCUGAACUGGCUGUACCUUGGCAAGUGCUAUCUGGCGUUAAAGCAACCGGCCGAAGCAAAAGUGUGGCUCGAUCGUGGUGCUGCCGUGGAAGUGCGCUGCGACGACGACCGGAUCUGCCGCGAAGAGGCCACCGAACUGUUGAAGAAACUGUAGGAAAAGGUAGGCGCAAAUUUCGGCCGUGGCCCAGAGGUGUGUACUGGAGGGGUCUGCGUUACCAUCAUCCGUUUUGCCAUACAUGCGACCGACCCCGGUAGACCCGGUGUAUGGGGACGACCGUUAAGUACGCUUAGAAAUGAUUUUUAAUGUGACAAGGUAAUGUUAAGUGUUGCGUGUAUCCGGAUACUGUUCUUUUUAUUUCGUUUUAAAUUGUUUUAGAAAUCGAUCACGCGCUAAAAUUAUCGACAGAAAAGUGUACAAAAUGCAUUUGUUGAUUUUUGAAAAAAGAAAAAAAAAACAAUGCGUGUUUCCUUUUUCCAAUAAAAUAAAACAUCGCAUGUGAAAUGAA